CCAGCGGUCGACGCAAGAGCUGCCGCUCGCCUCUGCUCUUCAGUUCUUUUGGCCUCGGGCUUCGGUGCGGUGCGCCUUGGUGCGUUCGCUUCACUGAUUCAUCACUGCCUGCUGUCAGCGGCCGCGGACUCGAACGAGCUGCACAGUGGUGCGGGACACGGAUAUUUUUGUGCACCCGUGACAGGUGACCGUCGAGCUGUCACGACUACUAGGACAAGAAGUUUCUUCCGGACUCCUUCUCAGUUCGUCACAGUGUGCUCUUAGACUGGGGUGUUUGUUUCUGAAAGUGACGGGUGCCUAUUCGGAAACUGUAUCACUCUUUAGGCAUUCUGACCACCACUCUUUGCCUACCGCAGCGUGAACCGUGAAACCGGAAUAUCCGCCUUCGACAAUAGAUGAGUGUUUCUGAAGAUUUGUUGCAUCCUCGCCCAUCACAAGAAUGUGAUCCUUGCUGAAGUCAACUGUAGUCCCAACCGUCUCAUCCAGGUGUUCAACUCUAAGGCUGUAGAGGGACGAAUGUGCCGUUGAUAGAAACGCAGGAAUAGCGGCAAAAAACAGCGAGAGCCUGCCGCCAGCAAAUGUUUUUGUUCUUGAGUACUCCGGUGCGUAGGUGACACGAGCUGACACCGAGUAUUACGUCUUUGAUACUGUGAAAAUUUGGGGCGACACUUCGUGGAGAAAACAAGAGCAACAAGGUAUUUUCUUCAAGAAGAUAAAGGCUCUUGAUUCUCGGUGUCUUGGAUAACACGCGUAUUUGUGUAGCAUCCCCUUUGAAGAGAAAAGACUGGCUGAGAACCUUGAACAGAGUGACAUAUUUUUUUUAUUUUGACGGAGUCUGAAAGUUAUUGGCAGCGUUCACCGUACUAGAAGCUAAGAUUGCCGAACUGCCAGGAAUGUCAUAUUGCUGAGCGCGCACGUGUUCCUGGAAAGAAACUUGACGCUUCUGUAAAGUAAGCACUGUUGCGUUGCAGUGCGAAUGGCUAUCGAGCACGGCGUGUUUAUUUAAUGAACAGCACUGGCCCAAUCGAAUCCUUUGUGACAGAAGACGACACACACUACCCUUUGCUAAGCAAAGCGCGGUCCUUGUCAACAGCACAUUUUUCCUUUAGCUGAAAAAUAAUUGCGCCCGUCGCACAUUCACAAAGAAAAAGAAAAGGCGACCAGCACCGUCAUCACCUCGAAUCAGUGCCUCAAGUGCAUUCAGUAGCAGCAAGGAGUAGGCGUGAACAACGCAAAGCCGGCGAAGAGAAAGCCCAGGAAGAUGUCAGCACCCGCAAAACAACACAAAAUAUGAAUAGCAACCACUACAUUUUUCUCGACAAGCUGAAAAGUUGUGAAGUUGUGAAAAGUUGUGAAUAGCCUUCAUCUUGUCGACAGGAACGCCGACAACAAGUGGCAAAGUGCUUUCGCAGCGGUAUCCUUGCGGUUGCAUCAUUCUCCAUCAUUCCGUACAUUCUUCUCAUUGCCGGCAAAGAGUAUCACGAUGGCGGACGUGUUUGCCGUGGGACUCCACACUUUCGGCGACGGUGGAUACGCUCCGCACUUGCACAAAGUCAACGGAACGUGGGUAGCCGGCAGUGGCUUCGAGAUCGGCACGGGCUCCACGGGUCUUCUGUCACUGCUCUCCGUCAUCGGCACGAGUUUGUCAAUAGUGGGAGUUGUCCUCACUUUCAUAACGUACAGCCUGUUUUCGGACUUACGGACGCUGAGCGGCACCUCCCUGCUGAACCUCCUGGCCGCGUUCUUUCUGUCACAUCUCCUCAGCGUCAUUGGCGUUGAACGACCAAGCGACAAGAGGCUCUGCGUCACUCUUGGUUUCCUACUACAUUUCCUCUGGCUGGCGGUUCACUGCUGGCUCGCCGCCAUGUCGAGAGACAUGUACAAGACCUUCAGGGACAACAUCAACCUUCAGCCGUCACCCGCCAGCGAAGACCGCAAGUCGUUCCUCAAAGCGGCCGCAUUUGCGUGGGGCCUUCCGUUGCUUCUGACGGGUCUUUCCGGAGUUGUCCACUUCGGCACGGUGCUGGAUCAGAUGUCCGACGACAGGAUCACCUGUUGGAUUCUUGGCCGCGGCUCCUACCUCUGGACAUUCUGCCUUCCUGCCUUCGUUCUGGCCGUGUCGGAUGUUCGGUACUUCGUCAAAGCAGCUAUCCUGACCCGUUAUACGGCUAGCCUGCAGAUGAACCGCAAGACGAGGGACCGAAUGAAGCGGAGGCGCUACUUGCAGCUAUUCCUCUACGCCAAACUGCUCCUCGUCCUCACUCUUACCUGGGUCGCUGGGCUGGCCGCACAACUGGCUCGACUCAAGGCCGUCUGGUUUGCCUUCUGCAUCCUUGCGUCGGUGCAAGGGUUUUUUGUGGCACUGGCGUACUCGUGCAACUCGCGCGUCUUUCGUCUGUACAGCCGAUCUCUGCGGUCCGGAAACAACCGCAAAGGUUACGGAGCGUCAGAUCUCUCUGGGUCUACCGACUUGGCUUUGUUGACUUGGGAGCCGACGCCGGACGCUGUGUGAACACUGUCGGUCUACUGUGGUGCGAGACAGAGAACAUGAGUGAUGUGAGCACAAUGCGAGCCAGGACGGACGCUCGUUUGAGUGAAACUGUUUGGCCUAAUGUGGCGUCGUGAGAUUUGUUAAACUCUCUGUGCGGCUCUUUUUGUCGAAAAAAAGGUUAAGAUGAAAGGUUAAGUAAAAAACAAACACAUUAUGUGGUUCUAACUUUGCUAAAAUACCCCUUCUUAAAGCCGAAUCUAUUUUAAUUACCACUCAUUGCUUUAAAGUGGUGCAAUUAAGGGUGUGAUGUUUCACGACGCCACUCGUUAGAAAGCGACAGGCUGCAAAACCUUACAAAGCCAUGGACACAAGACAACACGAUAACGCUAGAAGCGAACUGUCUGACAUCGGUCCGCCUUCGUCUUCGAACGCUUUCUCUUGUGAUAAAAGUGCUAGAGUCGAAACUUGUGUCGGUGUUAGCGGUUGUAGGUACCAACGAACUAGGUUCGCAAGGGACAAACCGGAAAUUUCUUCGCCGCAAUAGCUUCGUCGCAGUGUGUCGCAACCAAACCACGUGUUAUUUGGACGCCAGAAUUGAGUGGCGAUGUUUACGGGUGAGUGCAUGCGGAAGAGCUGUGCUUUAAAUCGCUCUUUUGAGAACCGCGAUGACGGCGGUGCAUAUCAGGUGUUUCUUAACUAGAAAGGCGACAGGUUCCAUAAUGCAUAAAAGAAUGCGUUUAGUGAGAAGUACGAUUUCAAAGAGUAUCCUUGUCAUGUACAUGCCAUAGCUCGAGGAAAGGCUCUUGACGACACUGUUAGCACUGCGUAUAAGAUCCUAACUUACAGGUUUUAGGGGUCAUAGAAUAAUAUAAAUUCCUUGUCAACAAGACCACUAUUUUGUUUCAUGAGACUUGACCGUAAAAGUGCUUGUUGCAAGUGCACGUUAAAGUCUGGCUCUCUAGAAUCUCUUGGAGAAACCCGUCGCUACUUCAUUCUAGGUUAUGGCAGACCAAGAUGUUAUAGUAUUAGCUUCGGUUUCGAUAAUAGAAACACUACGUGAAAAGGAAUACAUAUCAAUUCGCAUUGCUCUCCCCAAGUUGAAUAUCCAUGGAAAUUUGCAAACGUUGCUGAGUCGGUGCCUGAUAGUAACUGCGAAAUAUCGAAUGAAUCGCAGAAAAUUUGUACAUCAUAAGAACGAAUAACCAACUUUAUUUAUAUACAGAGACUAUCGGUUUCAUAUCAUGAAUGUGCACAAGAAGCGUGUCGCAAUGAGCACGUUUGCAUGACAUUGUUCCUAUAUAAGCUUUGAAAAGGCACGGCAAUACCCAAUAUUUUCUGAAGAAGUUCGUAUUAUUUUUGUUCGUGGCAAAUGCUACAACUUCAGACAAAUGCUUCUUACAUGAUCGCCUAAAUUUGCAGUUUGAGCACCUCAUUGUUACAUAUUGCUUGAAAUUUUGCAAUAAAGAUCGCUAUCGUUUUCAUAAUUUGAAAUUUUACCUUUAAACCUAGGGGUAGUGUUCUGCAAUACCCAAGCGAAACAUUUAUAUGUACCCUGUUUUAGUAAAAUC